AUGUUUUACUACCCUGCAGUUUUAAAGCGUCACACAGGAUGCUUUUCUACCAUCUGGCUGGUAGCUACAAAAGGCAUCAGAGUUCCCCGCCGCGAUUUCCUGAAAGUCAACGUUGGAAGCACCUGUGACAACAUCAUAAACUAUGUCCUGGAGCGGGUCCCGCCACCUCAUCUGGGUCUGCCACGGCCUCGCUUCUCCCUCUACCUGUCCUCCCAGCUCCAGUAUGGUGUCAUUGUGGUCUACCACCGGCAGUGUGCUCUUUUUCUGGAGGAACUUCAGUCCAUUGUGGGACAGAUGGCCAAACAGAGAACCUCACAGAAAAUUGAUUUGGAUGACCACAGCAGACCAUCUCUGGUCCUGCCAGAUUUCUUGGCUCUACUGGAGGACACAGAAGGAGCUCCUGACCCUCUAUUUGGAGUGAUGCAGCUGCAGGACACCAUGCCCAGCCCCAGUACACUGAUACAGAUGAGUCGGGAGUAUCUGAGAGAAGCUUCUCCUGAGCAUCCUGAACUGAUCAGUCCAGCUGCUGCUGCUGCGCUAGAAAGUGGUAUAACUGUAACUCCAGAAGCCAUCACUCUGAGAGAGGCGGAGCCUGUUGGUAUCCCCAUCGCUGAGUUUGAGGGUGCAGAGCUCGUUGAUGACCAGGUAGACACCAUUGACCUCCUGCUGGCACAAACAGAUCACUUUCCAGAAGGAGAUUUGGAGAUGCCAGGAGAAAAGGUGGCACCGGGAGAAGAAGAAAUAGAGGUGGAAAGGGAAGAAAGAGUGGGAGAACCGGAGAAAGAGGGAACAAAGGAGAUCACGGGAUCCACUCUAGAAUUGCAGCCCACUAUUGUUUCCAGUGAGGAAGCCAUUUUGUUGCCUCAGGAAGAGUCAGACAUGCCUGUGGAGAAGUCCCCCAUAGACCAGCUCACCCCCGUCUCUGUGCCCGGCCUGCCUUUGCCACCCUCUGCAGCAAAGAUACAUGAAAGGCAUGAACGAAGUUUGGAGUUGGAGGAUGUGUCUCCACCAGAGGUGAAGAAGAGGAAGAGGAGAAGGAGGCAGCUGAUCUUCUUCGACCCGGAGACGCAGCUCUCCCAGGACGUUCUGCAGCAGCAGAUUGACGACCCUUUGACCGAGACCAGGCGUCCACGUCUCGCCCCACUUUCCUCUCAGCGGAUCCUUCCUGCUGCUGAUCUCUUCAACAAGCCCUGCACCUUCUUGCCUGAAGAGGUUCAGUUUCUAUGGAGACAGAGUGCAACCAUCACACCCCUCUCAGGCUCGGACCUGCAGGCCGGGGAGAGAGGCCCCGAAUCCACUGAUUCUGAAAAGGAGGGAGAGCGUGAGAUGAUGGAGGCUCACGAGAGAGAGGUCCCCAGAGAAAUGGCAGAAACAGAGAUGCUUGAUAUUUCAGCCCAGGAUACACUGCCACUGGAGGGAACUGACCAAAGAGAGGUGUCUCGAGAGAUCUCCCCCUUGUACACAUCUGAAGGGUCCACUGUCUCCAGGUCUGUUUCUAUAAUGCAGGACAUCCCAGAGGUGGUAGACAAGCUGCCUGAGAGAGUAGCUGCAGAGCCUCCUGGUUUGAUACCAGAGUUGGCUGAAGCAGAGACUGUGCUUUUUCAGUCCCUCUUGCCGCCUGAGGUCACCCGCAAAACUGUCAGCAACAUUUUUCAUCGGCUGCUGGUGUCUUUAUCUGCCAGGAAGCUGCGUGCGGAGCAGGAUGAGCCCUAUGGUGACAUCUUGAUAUUUCCUGGCUCCAGCUAUGAAGAAAUGCAUCUGAUGUUGUAACAUGGAAACAGUCAGCGAAGCAGCCGUGGGCCUCCUGUUGGGACUUUUCCUGCAUUAAAGUCAGACUGUAAACUUCUGGUUCAAGUUCAAACUGUUUCAUACAUACAAAACGGCCACAUGAAUUAAAUGUUUUGUGAGAGAUCAUUUUGUGAGAAGCAUUUUAUCUGGUCUUUUUAUGCGAUUGUAAUUGUUCCUUAUUGCUUAUGAGACCAGCUUUAUGAGAUUUCGGAUAACUGGUUUAACAGUUUUGAUUGUUUUAUCUGUGAUCAAACUUUAAUGAACUGCCCUCUUGUUAUUCUGCACACUCUGUUCGAGAACUGUGUUCCUUUGAACCGCAAA